AUGUGUUCGUGGACAAGACAUGUCAAAAUUGACGCUGCUGUUCCCAGCGAGACGCUCUAUGCCUUUGCCUCCAUCCUUUUAUGGGGGGCUAUUAGUCUUCUCCUUGUGGAAGGAGAAACGCCGCAUUGGCCGGCAUACAUCAUUGCGUGGACCGCCGGUGGUAUUUCUGACCUCAUUCUUGUCGCCAUCUCAGCAUCAGAAUUUAGCGCAAGCGGAGCGUGGGCCUCAACGCUCGUGGGACUACAGGCUGUUCGAGUCGUCAUCUUCUUCUUGGCGGCUAUUUAUUGCUACAGUUUUUUGAACAAGGAUGUGAAAACAGAAAAGACAAAUGACGUAGAAACCCGCAGCCUGCUAGGCGCUGUCGACGAUGACGACAGCUCCGUCUCUUCAACGGCCUAUGGAUCCGUACAUGCCAACCAUGACCAUGAUGGAAUCGAUGUUGACGAGGCUUCGGAUGAUGAGGACGACAAGGAAAUCAAGAUGCUGCAGAAGAAGCGCCUCGAGCAGGCUGGCGGGUGGCUAGGCUACCUGACGACCCUUCUAGUCUUCCUGCCCAUCAUCUUGCCCUACAAGCAUAGGCCAACGCAAAUGUGGAUUGUUGCCCUUGGGAUUUGCAUAGUGCUCCAGCGGAUACUUACGUUGAUGAUUCCUCGUCAGUAUGGUAUUUUGACCGAGGCUAUUGGCAAUAUGAGCGGAACAGGGCAGGUUCCUUGGAGGGAGCUCAUCACUUGGGGCCUGUUAAACUUUCCCAUAGAAGCUACUCUCUCGCUGGUCCAUUCCAGAGCCGGAGAACGAGUCUCCCAAUUCGCAUAUCGACAGCUCACAACCCUGGCGUUCUCGCACGUUAUGAAUCUCUCCAUGGACUACCAUACUUCAAAGAGCACUGGCCGGGUAGCAAAGGCCAUUGAGCAAGGCAGCAAUCUCAGCUACAUGCUCAACAGCUUCUAUGACACCUUCCCCAUCUUUGUUGACUUCUUCAUCGCCAUUGUCUACCUCAGCGCCGAAUUCGACGCCACCAUGGGCUUCAUCAUUGUCGCGACCUCCAUGAUCCAUGUAUACGUUGCGUACAAGGGUAACUCGAGAACAGUACAGAUUGAACGGCAAGUAAAUGAGACCAAUCGCGCCGAAAACGAAAACUUAUAUGACUCCAUUACCAACUGGCAGACUGUUGCAUAUCACAACCGCCAAAAGUACGAAGAGGAUAGGUACGCCAAUUCGGUCUGGAAAGCGGUGUGGGCGCAACGCACCCUUCUGAAUACCUUGGACGUUGUCAGCUUUCUGGAGAGUUUCGUCAUGGAGGCUGGUCUGCUCGCAGCUGUUUCCCUGGUCGCGGUGAGAAUUGCCAACGGGACCGCAAAGUUUAGCAGUUUUGUGUUUUUGGUGUCGUACUGGGACACGAUCAGGUCGCCAAUGUCGAUGCUGGCGUGGAACAUCCGAGAAGCGACCACGCAUGUCAUCGACGCCGAGUGGCUCUAUCAGCUGAUUCAGACGAAGCCGUCGGUUCGAGACAAGGAAGGCGCGGACAAAAUUCAGCUCAAGGGCGGCAAGGUCGAGUUCAAGAACGUGUCCUUCUCGUACGGCCCCGACAGACCGAUUAUCCGGGGGAUGACGUUUACGGCGGAGCCCGGACAGUCUGUGGCCCUUGUUGGCGAGACUGGAAGCGGCAAGUCCACGACUUUGAAACUGCUGUAUAGAUUCUAUGAUGUGUCCGAGGGCUCCAUCGCCAUUGACGGACAGGACAUCCGAGAUGUGACGCUUGGCAGUCUGCGCGACGUCUUGGGCGCCGUGCCGCAAGAUCCAGCCGUCUUUGACCAGACGCUCAUGGAGAACAUCCUGUACGCUCGGCCGGGAGCAACUGAAGCAGACGCCAUCGAGGCGUGCAAGGCGGCCCGUAUCCACCACCAAAUCAUGAAGUUCCCCGAGGGGUACCAGACCAGACUUGGUGAGCGCGGUGCUCGCCUGAGCGGCGGCGAACUACAGCGUCUGGCGAUAGCGCGAGUAAUUCUGCGCCAGCCCAGGAUUGUAGUCUUGGACGAGGCCACGAGUGCAGUGGAUUCCGAGACGGAGUCCCUUAUCCAGCAGGCCAUUGCGGCACUGAGCGCCGGCAGGACCGUCUUCAUGAUUGCGCACAGGUUGUCGACCGUGGUCAAUGCCGAUUUGAUUCUGGUGAUUGACCAGGGCCAAGUUGUGGAGAGAGGUUCUCACCGAGAGCUGUUGCGGCUCGGGGGCAAAUAUGCCAGGCUGUGGAAUAUGCAAACCAUUGUCAGGGACGAGAUCGAAUGA